GUGGCCAGACACUGUGAAUUCCUAAAGAAGAUAGCUAUUACUGUGGGUUGUUAAGAGGAUCAAAGGUUCAAAACUGCAGAUUCAACAUGGAGGACCAUUUCUACUGUUCAAACUGGAGAUAUACAAUUCAACCAAAUGACUCUGAAUCAAGAUGAAGACAGGAAGACCGGUGCUCUCGUCUACUGUAGAGAAAACAUCAUGGCCAUUUUAAAGUAAGGUCUGGAGACAGGCAUGUUUUAUCUAUAGUAGCGUCCUGAUAUCUAGACAACCACCGCCAUGUUGAUCAAGGAAUAUCGCAUCGGUCUGCCUAUGAGCGUUGACGAGUAUCGGAUUGCCCAGCUUUAUAUGAUACAGAAAAAAAGUCGAGAAGAGAGUCAUGGAGAAGGCAGUGGUGUUGAGAUUCUGACUAAUGAACCAUACACUGAUGGUCCAGGGGGAGAUGGUCAAUACACCUAUAAAAUAUACCACAUAGGGAGUCAUUUACCAGGAUGGUUUCGUGCCAUUUUGCCUAAGUCUGCCCUCAUGGUGGAGGAAGAAGCUUGGAAUGCCUAUCCCUACACCAAGACACGCUACAGGUGUCCGUUUGUAGAAAAGUUCCUUCUGGAGAUUGAAACUAAAUAUAUCAACGAUGGUGGAGGUCAGGAAAAUGUGUUCAGCAUGUUACCGACAGAGAUCAAACAACGACAAUUAGACUUCAUAGACUUAGUGAAAGAUCAACUUCCAAGUAGCGAUUACAAAAAGGAGGAGGACCCCAAACUUUAUAAGUCAUCCAAGACUGGGCGUGGUCCACUGACUGACAGCUGGUGGGAGGAGUACAGUAAAGAGUCAAAGGUCAACGGGUCAAGCAAGGCUAUGAUGACUGCCUACAAACUGUGCAGGGUGGAAUUCCGCUACUGGGGCAUGCAGAACAAAAUAGAGAGAUUUAUACACGACAUCGGUCUGCGGAAAACGAUGCUUCGUGCUCACAGACAAGCAUGGUGCUGGCAAGAUGAAUGGUUCGGACUAAAACUAAGUGACAUCCGGCAACUAGAACUGGAAACACAGCUGGCUCUUGCGGCAAAAAUGGCUGCCACUUCAAACCACAACGAAGAUGAUGAAUUGCUUGAGGACAACCAAAAUGAGAUUGAAAUAAAUGUUAACGUCAGACCCAAAAUCCCAGUAUCUGUAUCCAAUCAGGAGAUUGGCUGUGGCAAACAUUUUAACGAUGGAAAUGUUGAGGAAGUCAUCAAUUCAAACUCUGUUGUCACUCACAGACAGUCCUUCUCGAAUUCCACAAGGUCAAGGUCACAAGGCACUAACAGUCGAGAUAUGUCUGCAUCCCGGAUAUUUGAAAGUUUAGAGCGACUUCAGGAAUCUAGCUCUGAGUCUGAGGAUGAGUUUUACGAUGCUAAAGAUGCCAGUUUUUGUGACUCUCAGUUUUCAUCUGACCUUGGGUCAGAUUCAGAUGUGGAUUCAGAGGAUGAACAAGAGUCUGAAGGAGCUAUGAUGGUUCGAUCCUCAUCCAACGAACUCAUCAACAGUAAUGACGAAUUCUCAGAUGCUGUAUCUACGAUGUCAUUUGAUCCAAAUGAUUCUCCAUUUGAGCGGCGCCUGACAAAGUACAAAAUGCAUUACCAUGGUGACCGUAGCCAGGAAAAAGAAACAUCUCCGCCUCAUUCAGCAGGCUGUAAAUCGAACAUUUUGUUUUUGGUGCUUCAUGGAGGAAGUGUGUUGGACUCCAGUAACCUAGAGCAAGCUUCCAAGCGUGUUGAUUUUAACAUGAUCAAGUCAACAUUUGAAACUGUGAUACGUAACAAUUACCCAGGAGCCCUUGGUCACAUUGCGUUCCGUCUUGUUCCUUGUCCUCAGAUUUGUAAUGAGGCUCUCGGUAUAUUGUCCAGUGUAAGCCCGUACAGUUUUGAAUCACACCCUCCAUCAACUGGGGAGGCAGGAGUGAUUUGGACUCAGGAGUUUGUUCCCUUGGGAGCCAUCUCCUUAUUUGUGACUUCCAACCCAGACUACCAUGAGUAUGUCAACAAAAUGGUUGCCAAGGCCAAUCUAGUCUAUCAUGAGUUUAUGUUAUCAGACGAGGGAAAAGGAUUUACAGGACAGGUCUGUUUGCUCGCCGACGCUAUGGGAUCCUUGUUAGGGUACGACGCCUUAUGUCAAGCCAACACUAACUACACUCGUGGCCUCAGUACAUUUGACAGUCAUUGCAGCCUCAAUGACCCCGACUCCUCAGCACUUCGUCAAGAGCAGGACCAUGAUUCCACUCUCAAACGAGACGCUCAACCAGACUCAUCCACCCUCAGGCGAGAGAAAGCACAGACCUCUGAGAAAAUGAACAUAGAAACAUCACGACAGUUAAGUCACAGUGACCCAGAUUUGUGCUUGUCUUCAGGAGGUUUGAGUGAAAAACAGUUCAAUAAAAGUGAUUUUGUGUCUUCUGAGUUUAAGCUGAGACGUCAGUGUUCAGCCAAUGUACGCCCACAACAGACUCAUCUCAGUGUCAGUGACAGUUCUAAGGAGGAUUGUGGACGCAGGACUAGUAUGGGCAGUUACAAUGACGCCUCAGUAAUUAAAUUUGACUUUGAUGUUUCCGAUUUCUUUAUGUUAGGUUCGCCUCUUGGACUCGUUCUGGCCUAUCGAAGAAUGUUUUUUGGAGAUGAUCGUAAUUGGUGCCCAUGCAGCCCUGCGUGCCAUCAAGUGUACAAUAUGAUCCACUCCAGUGAUCCGACAGCCGCUCGGCUGGAACCAAUGCUUCAUACAAGUUUUAAACACAUCUUCCCUAUUAAAGUGCCACGCUAUACAAAGUUUCCUGUUGGUGACGGAGAACCUAUACAUGUCGUGGAAACGAUACAGAGUAACUUGUCACUGUUCAUCAAUAAUCGCCGUGGCUCGGCAGGGCCAAGUCUCCAGCGACAAAACAGUGUGUCCAGUGUAGUUAGUCAGAUCUCUGGCCUAGGAGAGUCCAUGGUGUCCAGUAUCACAAAUGUGACCAGUAAGUGGUGGGGUAAUAAGCGUAUCGACUUUACCCUAUACUGUCCAGAAGUUCUCCACUCCUUCCCUACGUCAGCCUUGCCUCAUCUCUUCCACUCCAGUUUCUGGGAAUCUUCCGAUGUAGCUGCCUUUGUACUUAGACAGAUUUUACGACAUGACAUCCUCAGUUUGGACAUGGACAAAGACCUUGAUCGCCUAACAGUCAGUCCAGAGUCCAUCAAUCUCCCCAGAGAAAAAUGGCUGAAGAGGAGAACCACCAUUAAAGUAAAAAAUCUGCAGCCGAAUCACCGAGGUAAUGAUGUCAUUGUAAUGGAGGACACCGCUCAGGAGUUCAGUGCCCGGUUUAUGUAUGGUUCUUUUGAUGUCACCUCACUGUCAGGAGAAAAGGUUGAUGUCCAUGUGAUGGAUCAGUCAACAGGGGAAUGGAAAUUUCUUGGAACAGCUGUCACAGACAAGCAUGGCCGCCUCAACUACACAAUCCCGGAGGAUAAACGCUUACACCAAGGAAUGCAUUCAGUCAAGAUUGUUGUAAGAGGGGAUCACAGCUGUGCUGACUUUUUCCUGACAGUUUUACCACAGAAGACAGAAACAGUGGUAUUCAGUAUUGACGGCUCUUUUACUGCCAGUAUGUCCAUUUCGGGUCGCGACCCAAAGGUUAGAGCUGGAGCAGUGGAUGUUGUACGGCAUUAUCAAGACCAGGGUUAUCUGAUUCUGUAUGUGACGGCGCGACCAGACAUGCAGCAUCGGAAGGUUGUGUCGUGGCUGGCCAUGCAUAACUUCCCACAUGGCAUGGUGGCCUUCAUGGACGGACUCUCUAAAGAGCCACUCAGACAGAAACUCAAUUAUCUCAAAGGAUUGGUGUCCAAAGCGGGAAUUGUGUACAAGGGGGCGUAUGGCUCCAACAAAGAUAUCUAUGUGUACCGGGAACUGGGACUGACAUCUCAGCAGAUGUUCAUUGUGGGCAAGGCUUCCAAAAAACAGAUGGGGCAGGCACAGAUAUUGUCUGAUGGAUAUGCUGUCCACCUACAGUCUCUACAGCUACUGGGGCGAUCAGCCGUGGGCAAUGCUCGUAUGUUUAUACGCAAAGGAUGCAUGACAGUUCCUAAUCAGAGUGAGGGUAGAAAAAGUGAAGGCAAGCGAGCUGUAAAGCGAGUCUCAUCUAAUUCAGCAUCAACAUCAGGUGGUGAUUUUCUCAAACCACAGGAUGUUCUUAUAACUGUGAGUGACACUGGGAAUACGAUUGUACAAAACAGUCAAGCAGACUUCCGUACUACAGCCCGCGCUCGAGGGUCCUCCCCACGCCCCAAGGUGUCAACAGAGGUGCCACGAUGAUCAGGCAUUGUUUAUAAAAAAUGAUCACCAUCUUGUACACCUCCGAAAUAUAGAAGCAGUGUCAGCAAAAAA